AUGGCGAAUCAGGGAGCUAAGAAGCGCAAGGAAGAGAACGCCCACCACAUGGCUAAUCUCCUCCGCAUCAUCAUCGCCUGCAAUGUAGUGGUGAGGCUGCUUAUUUUCCAUUCGAGCUUCACAUGGAAGAACUGGAUUGGUCUGGCCUUGCCAUCUCUUGCGUAUUACUUGCCUUACCAACAACUGGCUUCAAUGGCGAAGCCUAGUUAUGGAGAAUGGCCGAUCAGAGGUUGCGAUUUUGGGGAUGAAGAAUGA